GUAAUAAAAAGUAGGAUUCAUUUGUUGAAAUCAGGUAUGUCACAUAGCGCAAAAUUGUAGUUUUCCGGCACGUCCGUGCGAUGCUAGUGCUUCUUCUUUGUCUAUCGUAUUCCAAAGUAGUACACUCAUCUUACCACAUCAGAGAUAACUCACUCGUUCCUCCAUAUUCAAGUUCUCUCUGGGUACCUUAUGGAUCAACGAUUAUUCAACCUCAGUUUGUACGCUUAACUUCCGAUGUAAAAAGUAGUCAAGGAGGUAUUUCCAAUAUAAAACCUUUAUUUGCUCGUGAUUGGGAGGUGGUUAUUUUGUUCCAUGUUCAUAGUCCCAAAACUCUGGUCGGUGAUGGAUUCGCUUUCUGGUACACUCAGCAUCCUCCUUCAAAUGGGCCAUCAUUCGGCAGUCAAGAUAAGUUCCGUGGGUUAGCCGUUUUCUUUGAUACUUAUGCUAAUCAAAAUGGUGAGCAUAGUCAUGAGCAUCCUUAUGUCAGUGCAAUGAUUAACGAUGGAUCUAAACAAUAUGACCAUGAUAAAGAUGGAACUUUAACUGAACUAUCUGGUUGUUCAUCUAAUUUUCGUAAUAAUGACUACUCAAUGGCCACAAUUCGUUACGCUAAUAACCAGUUGAAGGUUUCUUUGAAAUAUCAAGGUGCUACAGAUCCUGUAGAUUGUUUCACAGUUGACGGAGUACAUUUACCUACUGGUUAUUUUAUCGGGAUUUCAGCCGCCACUGGUGACCUUUCAGAUAAUCACGACAUAUACUCUAUUCAUACCUAUGAACUGGAUGUUGGUCGAAAAGACGAUCCGUUCGCUGACUUUUCUAAAAUUGAACCAUCGGCUGAUCAGGAGGCUGCACCAAGAGCUCGAGUCGAUGAUACUCCACCAUCGAGAUUCAGCCGCGUACUUACAUUAUUUUCUUGGUUAUUCGUAUUUGGAUUUGUUAGUGGUGGUGGAUAUAUGGGCUAUAAAUACUAUAAGAAGCGUCAAAGGCAAAUGAAGCGAUUCUAUUAGUGAACAAAUUUAAAUUGAUUAUCACUAAUUCCUUUUUAAUUCUUUAAAAAAACGAACUAUUUUGAUUAAACGGGCAGUGUAUAUUUGCGGGUAUUAGAAACUGAAGUCGUGACUACAUCCUUCGUUUUUCUGAAUGUUGAUCUACACAUUUUUCAGAGAUGAUUUUUGUACUUCUUUAUACUACUCCUGGUUGAUUAAAAGUGUUAAAUGAGUUAAAUAUUUUUGCUAACCUUAUCAGUAUGACGUUAGUAUUUUUGUGUAUCAAUUUGAUACUGACAGUAGCAGAUAAUAAUUCGUCAAACGGUACAACGAAUCGCAAUAUUAAUUUUUGUCCUGUCCUUCUGUCUCCUUAUUUUUUAUGCCAAACAAACUACGCAGAAAUGUUUUUUGUUUUAAAACUUUUAGUUCAUAUUUUCCUUUGACAAUAAUCGUUAAGCACGUAAGAUUUCUGAUUUUUCUUCUGUGGUGGCAAGAUGUUUUACAUGAUUGUGAAAAAUAAAUAUUAUUAAUGCUUUGAUGAAUGUGGAUGUAUUAAAGUGUUCAAUUUGUAUCAGUUUACUUUCAGUGCCAAAUAUUAUUCAAUGUGUCGUUUUUUCUUUCUAGUCACAAGUGAUUUUUGUUUCCUAACAUUGUUGACUACUACAUUUAUGGGGGAGUUUCUCCCGAAAAAUCCUCAAUGCAAACUACUUAUAUUGCUUCCAAACAUAUGAAGAAAAUGAUAGUGUCUGUCCGAUACCAAAUAUACCGGUAAAAAAUGUAAAGGUUUAUUGAUGUCUGCUAAGUAAUCACUGUUCUGAUGUAUAUUUAGAAGUAGUUGGUUUAUUCAGAAGUCAUCAUGAUACUGAUUGUGUCCCAGCGUUUAAUGCAUUCUUACU